AUGUGCGACUUCGACUACGAAAAGCUCUUCCGUACCAAUCAGGACGACGACGCCGACCUCUUCCGCCUCACGGAGGACAUUAAGCGGCAGAUGAUUGGCAUGGACGACGACGACGACGACGAUGACAAUGUAGAAGCGAAGUCAUCGUCCGCCCCGCCUCCGCCUCUGCCUGUCGUGGGCUUCGCACCCAACGUAGGGGCCAGCGACGUCAGUGGUGUCAACAACAACGAUUCACAGCUGCGGCUGAUGGCAAAGGACCCCAGAUCAACAGCAGCGCCCGCGCCGCCCAAAGGACCUGCGCCGCCACGCACGGGCGAGCCGCUCGAAGUACACAGUUUCUCCAGCAGCCACUCGCGUGGCCAUCCGCAGUUGACGUCAAGCGGGCAACAAACCCCCACACAGACGUCAAAUGAAGGCUCCAUGCCCAACGUCGCUCCCAUACCCUCAUCGCAGGCGCAGCUCGGAGAGCACGCGAGCCAACGGGCGUCGCCACCAAUGCUGCCUGACACAAGCGCCAAGCCGCUGCCGCCGUACUCGCACCAGGAGGAGUGUCCACCACCGUACGAGUGGGCCGGCAGCGCCCCGGCAAAGCAGCCACACGGUGCGCCACCGAUGCCGCAGCACCUGCAAAUGUCACCCCAGCAGUUUUCACGUGCGGUGCCGGUGAUGCAGCCGCCGCCAUCAGUGCCGUACGCAGUCUACGCCUCGAAUGCACAGAUGAUGCCUGCGGGCACCUUCCCUGCAGGUGUGCAGGCGCAGCCAGCAGUGGUACAGCAGCAGCAGAAGCAACCCAUACCCAACGGGUCGUUGCUGCAGACCCUCAACAUGGGCCAGCUGCCGUCAGCUCUGCCACCGCCACCGCCACCGCCGCCGCAUCCGUCACAGACUUCAGUGACACCGCAACAGCAGCCGCAGGCACAGGUAGCAGGCGGUGUGCCACCUGGAUUUGUACAGGUAUUGUUGCCCGUUCGGGCCCCUGAUGGAUCUACAGGAUAUCAACUGGCGAUGAUGCCUGCCCAACAAAUCAACCAGGGUGUCAACGGCUUUGCUGCGCAGGUGGUUCAGGCCCCACAGGAGCAACAGCAACGACAACAGCAACAACAAGCGAUGAUGCAAUACGUCUGGCAGCAACAACAACAACAGCAGCAGCAACAACAGCAACAACAACAGCAACAGCAGCAGCAACAACAACAGCAGCAGCAGCAACAACGACAACAACAGGAACAACAACAGCAGAAACACCACACUCAACAGCUGCAGCAAGGCUCACAGUCGCCACAGUUUAUGGCGCCACAAUACGCUAACUUUGCUGCCGCGACACCACAGCGUUUUGCCAUUGUUGCUCCUAACGGCCAGCAACAGUACGUCAUGGCGAUGACUUUGGGCCAGCUUCAGCAGGUUCAACAGCAGCAGCAGCUUCAACAGCAGGCCAACCAGAAGCAAAUUCAACAGCCAGUUUUGCAGCAGCAGCUCCAGCAGCAGCCACAACAAACAGCGCGGCCCAUGUAUCUCGCUGGCCAGCAGCCGCAGCAGAUGUCUGUUGCCUCGAUGCUGCCCUCCGUUGUGCCGCCCGGAUUUCGUUUCAACUAG